CUCUCCCCUACCUCACACAAACAGCAGCAGUGUGCGAGAGAGUAAAUAGAGAAAAGCCCAAGAUGGCGGAGCCAGUCAGCCUCAUUCACUUCGGCUCAACGACCAAGAGCCCACUUUCUAAACCGAAAGAAGCGAAACAGUCGUCCGAGAACCGAGCGCAGUCUUCCAGGGACCACCAUCCUCCACCACCGAAAAAGAUUCGCAGCGAAGAGAAGAGCCUGAAAGCCAAGAAGCUCAAUGGCGAAGGCGGCGGAGGAGGCGGAGAGAAACAGCAGCAGAGUUAUGGCAGCAGCAGUAGCGCGACAACAUGGAGCUUUAGCCCCGGUAAAGCGAGCAACCCUGCUCAGCUUCAACCUCCUCCUCUCCACAAAGUAUUUAAGCAGAGCGCCUUUUUGGCCUCACCACCUAAACCUAAAAAGCUGAAGGAGAAACGGGAGAAGGAGAGAGAGAAGGAGAAAAGGAAACACAAACUGUGCUCUGAGAAGAGCAGCAGCAGCAGCAGUGGCGGCGGUAGUAGCGUCAAUGUGGGCAUGAAGAAGGAGAACGGAGAGCUAAAGUUAAUGCAGAAAGAGCAUAUCGUCAAAGACAAGCUGAAGGAGAAGGACAGGGAGAGGGAAAAGAAAAAAGAAAGGGAUAAAGAAAAAGAGCAGGAUAAGGAAAAAGACAAGGACAAGGAAAAGAAGACACACAAAUUGGUAAACGAGAUUAAACGAGAAAAUGGCGAAGUGAAGAUGCUUCAGAAAGCUGACACGGAGAAACCAAAGGCGGACACAGAGGAGCUGCUGCUGAAAAAGGCCAAGAAGAAAAAGAAAAAGAAACACAAAGAGGGGGAGAAACGGAAGCGGCCCAAGAUGUACAGCAAGUCCAGCCAGACGCUGUAUUCUGCCCUGCUGAGCCCGGACCUCCCAGGCCUGCUGUCCAGAACAGAGCCAGAGUUCAAGUCCCCUCUUCCUGUCUCUAACUCCCUCUCCCUCUCCUCCUCUCCUCCUGUUGUCAAGCAGGAAAAGGUCAGCUGCACCAAGUCCACUUGUGAGGCCAAAGACACUGGUAUCACAGGUAGCAUGAAAAUCUUGCAGCUUCACUCUAGGUUGCCCGGUCUGGAUGGCCUGGAGUUUGGCCGUUUUGUGCACGUGGAGCAGCAGCCAAAUGGUGGAGCCCUUGUUGCACAUGCCUACAUUCGUGAACUCUCUGUUCUGUCCUCUGAGGAGAUGCAGCGUUUUGCACAGGAGUUUGUGACACUGGCCUUCUGUGAGGAUCAAAAUGGCACAGCUCACUAUGUCAUGGGCAUCAUCCAUGGAGCGGCAUCCUACCUCCCUGACUUUCUGGACUACUUCUCUUCCAAGUUCCCAAACUCGCCCGUCAAAGUGGAGAUCCUUGGGAAAAAGGAUAUUGAGACGACCACUAUGGCAAACUUCCAUUCUCAGGUAGAGAGAUCCUAUUCUCAUGGGACAUACCGCGCCGGGGCCAUGCGCCAGAUCAGUUUAGUAGGUGCCGUGGAUGAGGAGGUGGGGGACUACUUCCCAGAAUUCCUCACCCUGUUACAGCAGUCCCCCUUCCUAGAACGGACGUUACCAUGGGGCACCUUCUCCAGUCUGAAGCUGCAAAGCCCUAAGGAAAGUGAUGACGGGCCUAUUAUGUGGGUUCGUCCUGGAGAGCAGAUGAUUCCUGUCACUGACAUGCCAAAGUCUCCUUUUAAAAGAAAAAGGUCAACCAAUGAAAUCAAGAACCUGCAGUACCUACCUCGGACGAGUGAGCCACGUGAGAUGCUCUUUGAGGACCGAACACGUGCACAUGCUGACCACAUCGGCCAGGGCUUUGAAAGAGAGACCACUGCUGCUGUGGGUGUGCUGAAAGCUGUACGCUGUGGAGAGAGUGCGGAGCCUCCUCGGAUUACCAAAGAUGUAGUCUGCUUCCACGCAGCAGACUUUACUGAGGUUGUGCAGAGAUUACAACUGGAUCUGCAUGAGCCACCCCUGUCACAGUGUGUACAGUGGGUGGAUGAUGCCAAGCUGAAUCAGUUGAGGCGCGAGGGCAUCCGCUACGCUCGCAUCCAGUUGUAUGACAGUGACAUCUACUACAUCCCACGCAGCGUGGUCCACCAGUUUAAGACGGUAUCAGCCGUGUGCAGCCUGGCCUGGCAUGUCCGCCUAAGACAGUACCAGCAGACCACAGAGAAAAAGGCAGCUGAAGAUGAGGACCAGAAGCCCCUGUUGUCUCCCUCCGAAUGUAUUAAACAGGAGCGUUCGUGUGAGUCUCCAACAGUGCCCGAAGCUCCACCCAACGACACCAAGCAAGCCAGAGACAUGCCUCCUGUGCCCCAGAUUAAGGUGGAGGAGGCAGAGCUGCAUUCUGAGAGGACUGCCAAAGCCCCCACUUCCAGCUACGCUGCAUCGCCAGUGGCUCCAGCAUCGGACAGCCGAGGCAAAGCAUCGCAUCAUUCAGAUUGGCGAACUGCUUCUUCACACACAUCAAAGACAAUGCCCAGUCUAAGUUCUACAACCAAACAUGCCCAUUCAACUACACCAACCAAACAUGCCCACCCAACUACACCAACGAAAGCACUGCACAGCUCUACAUCAACCAAACACACACACUCCAGUUUAGCAACCAAACACAGCCACUUGCAUCCAAAAUUCACCCAUUCUUCUAGCACUAUAUCCACCAAACAAGUGCAUUCUUCUCAUACAUCCAAACACACACUCACUACUCCAACCAAACACACACAUUCCCCCCAUCCAAAAACCACCACUGGACAUUCCGACUCUCGGACUGUUUCGUUUUUGGCUCAACCACAGAUUCAUCCUCAGCUGCAGGUUCUGCCCCAGUCUGUUUCAACUGUGUCCCAUGUUGUGUCUCAAUCCUUUCACCUACAAACGCAGCUACUUCCCCAACCAGUUUUGACUUCGCCAAAGGUACUGCCCCAGUUGGUUUCACCUCAGGCCCAGGCUCUGUCCCAGCCUAUGCCCCAGUCAUUUCCACCUUCGCCACAGGUUCUUCCCCAAUCAGUAAUGCCUCAGUCACAGGUUCUAUCCCAAACCAUGGACUCUGUUUAUCCAAAGGUCAGACCACAAGACAAUCGGCCACACCAGCAACUCAAUCCGGUUGCGCAUGAACAGCAGAAAGACUUUUUAUGCUGAUUUGUAUAUAACAGUUUUUAAGGGUUUUUGGUUUUAUCCUUUUAUUUUUCUUUUAUCGUUUAAGUUUUUUUGUGUUGACUAUUUGUUUCUGUCGAUGCAAAGAGGCAAUGCUAAAUGAGAAAUGGGAAUGACUCCAACUGAUGCGAGAUGGAAGGAUGUCCAGCAGGGCCGUUACUGAUUGAAUUCACAGCAAAUGUAGCGUGUAACAUUCCUCAGUGCCUGCCUGUAACUGUGAACUGUCAAAAGCACUUAGGGCCAGCUGCACUGCAACCCUGCAGGUCGGAAAAAAACCCAAACAGGUCCUUAAAUAAUAUAUUUUUAAGUUGUAGGCUAUAGUUGAGUAUUAGAGCUGACAUUAACAUAUAAAUAUAUAUAUAUUUUUAAGAUGAGAAAGAAUUCUUUUAAUGACUCCAGGCUUUUCCAUAGAGCUUAUUUAUAUCGAGUUUGUUUCAUUUUAUUGUCAGCACUGUAGUGUAUAUAACAUUUUUUUCUAAGCAAAUGUGUAGUUUGGUUUAUAUCUAAUAAGAACCUCGUAAUAAAGCGUUCUUAAGAUUUGCUUUGUUGUCAUGUAAACAAGGGCUACACUGAUCGAUCAUGUGCGUAAUCCAAACUGAAUCUUGUGUUUAAAAAGUAAGCAUUUUCUGACCUGCCCAACACACACUGUCCUAAUUAAACCAUAAACAUUUCCCAAUUCACUCUGUGUAGAACUUCAGAGAAUUAUGUUUAGACAUGAAUUAAGAUUAAAAACAUAGGAUGAGUACACAAUGCAAUGUAUUGUUUCGUACCUUGUUGAUGUCACAUACCAAUGUUGUGCAUUACUUUUUAAUCGGUGUACUUCACUGCCUCUGACUCUGCUAAUGUCACAAUGUGGUAUGGAUAGAGGCUUUUUUGUGAUUGUGUUGCUUAGCCAAACAACUGGAGUUGAAGUUGGAUUUGACUGUACGAGUGUGGUUAUGUAACAUGGCCACCCACACUGCAGAAGUUACGGCAAUAAGAUAAACAGUUUAUUUGUGUUUUAAAGUGCAGUUAUUUUUAGACCUGUGUGUUAGUGUUAUUACUGUUUUGCUUUAAAACAACCUUAAGGCCACACACAUUAUAGAUUAUGUCUGCAGUGAUUUAAAAGGUAUUCAGACACAUUUACUUUUUGUGUUUUAAUGGAUGUUAUUGCCAUUUAUUCGCCUCAAUCUACAAACCCCAAUUCCAGAAAAGUUGGGACUUUUUAUAAAAUGUAAUAAAAGAAGAAUCUGUGAUUUGUUAA